GGCCCGAACCUUAGGAAAAACCCCAGGCUUCCGCACUGCAAAACCGUCUGAACCGGCGUGAUGCUCCACCGGCGGCACCCCCUCCCCGCCCUGCUCCGCCUCUUCUCCACCACCUGCCGCCGCCGCUCCCGCCUUCCCUCGCAGCCGCAUCCCCCGAACACCGACACCCUCCCGCCGCUGCCUGUGGCGAAGAAAGUCCCCUUCACCGUGUCGGCGCACGGGAGGUCGUGGAGCGACCCCUACCACUGGAUGCGCGACACCUCCGACCCCGACCUCGCCGCCCUCCUCGCCGCCGAGAACGCCUACGCAGACGCCUUCGUCUCCUCGGCCGGCGGAGGCGGCCUCCGCGCGCGCCUCGCUGCCGAGAUGCGCGCCCGGCUGCCCCCUUCCGCCGUUUCCCCGCCUCAGCCCUGGGGCCCUUGGUCAUAUUACCAGUACGUGCCAAACGGAAUGGAGUACCCAGUUUUGUCGAGAAAGCUGAGGCCCUCUGGUGGUUUAGCAGGACGUUUCCUUAGUUAUCUUUCUGACUGGGAGAAGGAAGAAGUGUUGCUUGACUGGAAUGAGAUCGCAGAGAAAUUUGGUUAUGUUCACAUUGGGAGUUGUCGAAUAUCUCCUGAUCAUAGGUUUCUUGCAUAUACUCUCGAUACAUCUGGGGGUGAACUGUUUUCGCUGGAAGUGAAAGAUCUUCAGUCUAAGCAUGUCAUUUUUAGUCCGCCAGACAAGGGAAUUGUCAGUUUAGCAUGGGCUCACGACAGUGAAAAUUUAUUUUAUACUGUCUGUGAUGAGACUCUACGUCCCAAUCAGGUUUUCUGUAAAAAGAUGCAGUCAAAUGAGGCCGGCCUUUUAGUUUUCGUGGAGGAUGAUGUAAACUGUUGUGUGGAUAUCACAAGCACAAAAGAUUUCAAGUAUAUCACUGUGAAUUCUAACACAAGGACAUCAUCUGAGGUUUAUGUGAUGGAAUCUGGUAAUGUAAGAGAAGGCUUAUGGCCUGUACAAAAACGCACCAACAAAGUACAGUACUUUUUGGAGCAUCAUAAUGGGUUUUUCUAUAUUCUUACUAAUGCACCCUUGAAAGAUACUGAAACUGCAGUUGAAGGCUACUACCUGGCCAGGUGUAGAGCUGAAAAAUCACUGAUGGAUAAAUGGCAGGUUGUGGCACUCCCUGGGUCGGACUGCACAUUUCAGGAUAUGGAUAUUUUUCACGAACAUUUAGUUCUCUUUCUUCAAAAAGAUGGGCUUCCUCUGUUUUGCUCCAUCGAUUUGCCAGUCCAGAUCGACUUUCAGGAGCCAAAGGAAUUGGGUGAUUUCACUCCAUGGUUUUUCCCAAUACCUUCAAAUUUAUGCAGCAUUCUUCCUGGGCCCAACAAUGAUUUCAUGUCAUCUACUUUUCGUCUGGUGGUGUCAUCACCAGUGAUUCCAGACUUAACUGUGGAUUAUGACAUGAGAAAGAAGACAUUUACUAUCCUUGAUCAAGAGGAAGUGACUGGCCUUUGUUCAAGUCUAUACACAGUAGGACAAUCCAAUGUUUCAAGCAUCCAACAAAAUCUGCAGCUUAUUGAAGAUUCACAAAGUUGGAGUGAUCUUUCCAAGUUAGUAUCUUGUGAGAGGGUCCAAGUUGUUUCACAUGAUGGUGUCUCGAUACCUUUAGUGAUCUUGUAUUCACGGGGAGCUCAUAUUCAUGGAGAAUCGCCUGGGAUCUUAUAUGGAUAUGGAGCUUAUGGAGAAGAUCUGGAUAAAAGCUGGUGUUCUGACAGGCUUAGUCUGCUUGCUCGAGGUUGGGUUCUUGCAUUUGCUGAUGUUAGGGGUGGAGGGGAUCCAUCAUGGCAUCUAGCAGGCACCAAAACCAACAAGAUAAAUUCAAUUCAAGAUUUUGCGGCAUGUGGUAUGCAUCUUAUCAAGGAAGGUUUUGUGCAUGAAAGUCGUCUUUGUGCUAUGGGCUGCAGUGCUGGUGGUUUGCUGGUUGGGGCGGUCGUUAAUAUGUUGCCAAAUUUAUUCUCUGCUGCAGUUCUCAAGGUCCCCUUUCUUGAUAUAUGCAAUACAAUGUUGGAUCCUACGUUACCUCUCACCAUCUUGGACUACGAAGAAUUUGGUGACCCUAAUAUCCCAGUUGAAUUUGAUGCAAUCCGUAGUUAUUCUCCCUAUGACAACUUAUCUCCCGGCAAAUGUUACCCCUCAAUUCUGGUGACUGCCUCUUUUAAUGAUACAAGGGUAGGAGUCUGGGAAGCUGCUAAGUGGGUUUCAAAAGUGAGAGAUGUCACGUGCCCAUCCUGUUCCAAGUCUGUUGUUCUCAAAACUAAUAUGCAGAGUGGCCAUUUUGGUGAGGGUGGACGCUUCAUGCGGUGCGAGGAGACAGCCUUCGAGUAUGCGUUUCUAAUGAAGGCAUUGGGGAUGGAUGAUAAGUCUGCGAAGUAAUGAACUGACACUCAGGGCUUACUGUGCUGCAAGAGUUGCGGUGAUGCAUGGAAGCAGUAAUCGAUAUCAUUACCUGCUGUAGUGACAUCUGGCAACCUGGAGUGAUAAGUUGGAUCAGACCGCUCAUAGUCCACACUAUUGUCGGUUGCAGAGCCAUUUUUUGUUGGUUCCUGCAUUGCACCCGGCUGCUAACUGGAGCCCUCAGAGUAGCGCAAAUGAAUGUUGUGCGUUAAGGUGUUAAGAUCAGGCAUCAUCUGUCUUUCCCCAUCAAAAUUAAGGCUAGUAUCACGGGAUCAUAGAUUGCAUUCAAAUUGACAUAUGGCUCUAGCAUGAUUCAUCAUCCUAGUUCAGAUGGUACCGAUGCUAGAUAUGGAGCUAUAAUGUCUGAGAAUGGAUAUUGGUUUUGAACCCUGACUCACAUAUCAGGCUAGUUGUAUGUCGCUGUCUUGUGUUUUGAACCUCUGAAUGAGAUUGGGCUUCCCUAAAUUAAGAUGAGCUGCAUGUAACAUCCAUGCGUACAUUUUCUA